AUGUCCGAAUACUGGAAGUCGACACCAAAGUACUGGUGCAAGCACUGCAGCACCUACGUGCGCGACACAGGGCUCGAGCGCAAGAACCACGAGGCCACGGCCAAGCACCAGGGCGCGCUGAAGCGGUUCCUGCGCGACAUCCACCGCGACCAUGAGAAGGAGCAGCGCGAGAAGGACCGGGCCAAGCGCGAGGUCGAGAGGUUGAAUGGCGUCGUCGGGAGCAGUGGUGGUGGUGGGAGCCAAAGCGCUGCUUCUUCGGCGGCGGCACCACCACCGUCGGCACCGUCAUCAGCACCAGCCACGAAAGAGCAGAGGCAGAGACAGUGGGAGCAGCUCGCCGAGAUGGGCAUCGAUGUGCCCACGGAGCUGAGGCCGGAUAUGGCCAUGGCGGGGACGUGGACCGUCACGAAUACGCGCGUCAUCGAUGCCGGCGGUGGUGAAGGCGAUGGCGAGACGAAACCGGCAAAUAUCGACGCCAUCGCAAACGGAACUCGAAAACGGGUCAGGCCUGAAGAGAACGAGGACGAUGAGCGGAGGCAGGAGGAAGAGAAAGCCGUCCAGAGCUUGUUCAAGAAGCCACGGCGAUGGGGCCGUGAUACGAAAGAAGCGCCUGGAGACGAUGCCGAGCUAGAUGCGCUGCUGAGCGGCACCCUCGUGCCUAGAGCUCCGAAGAAAGAGGAAGAAGAUCAGCCCGACGCGGAUGCUGGUGCGGAUCGAGUGAAAGACGAGCCAAGCACAGCGGACUCAGGUCUGCCCGUUGUGAAGAAUGAGGAGCUAGACACAAGUCAACCUCUUGAAGACCUUCCAUCAGUAAAGGACGAGGCUGCACCCACAGUGAAGCAGGAGGACUUGGCCGAAACACCGGCGGACGCAGACGUGCCUGUCGUCAUGUUCAAGAAGCGCAAGGGCAAAGAAAAUAUCCGCCAGAAGAAGCCUCUUAAGCCUUGA